AUGGGUGGUAAAAUUGGCAGAGCCAUAGUAAGAGUGAUAGAGAAGUUACCCCUUUUUACUUGGGUACUGUUCCCUAUUUAUAGGGAAGUGAAAGUGGGAGGUUUGCACAAAGUUUCGAUGUGGGACUUUGUGCAAAUCGCUAUGGUGGUGACACAUGUCUUGGAGAUUAGGUUUGGCAGUUUGGGAGCUUCACCAGUAGAGAGCUUUAGCAGGUGUCUAGCACCUUGGAAGAGUGUCUUUCUUCGGCAAUGGAGAAGGCGUAUCUGCCUUGGUGCUAGUCGUUUUAAGGAUGGAUAUGCUCGGUUGAUUAUGGUGUAA